AGACAAACAAACAUGGCGGAAUGUCCAACAUAAGUGGAACGAUCAGCGAGAGUCAAAUUUGCUCGAUCAAACUCGGGGAAAUGGAUUUAAUUUUUUCCUCUCAUAUCCCAGAAGUAAAGAGAAUGAUAUAGGCUUACAUCAGGAUUGAAAGAUGGCAUUUAUAGAUGAUCCAGAAUUUGUUAUUGCUCAUAUUCGACACUCAUGUGUCGUGACAGAUGAAACAGGGAUGUGUGAACAAGUAAUUAUCAAUGAAGAGUUUGAAAAUGAGAAAGCUAUCAAGCACCGCAAGAGAAUCAUUGGAAAAUACACAGUUGAUAGGUGGACUACACAUUUCUUUUUUCCAGAAGAAGAUCUGUCUAAAGUUUUUGCCAAACGCGAAGUAAAACCAGUUAAAAAUAAACCAGUGGCAGUUUCUCAGCUCAGCAGACAACUGGAGGAAUCCCGUGGUAAACCAAAUAAUCCAUUCCUGGAGUACUCCAAAUUUGAAGGAGAGGCUUUCCAAGGAACUUGUACCAAAAAACUCAAGAUAUUUUUAACUAUGCUACCAGAGGAAGAAAGAGCCAUGCCAAUGAUUGUCACAGUGUUAGGAAGUGCCUGUGUACAGGACUUAAUAGGACUUAUCUUGUACAAGUAUACAAACCAGGGAUUACAGCCUCCACUCAAGAAUGAUGUCAAAUCUUUUUGUUUGCAUAUGGCUGAGGACGAUGGGGAAGUUGACACUGACUUUCCAGCUCUGGAGAACAAGGAGCCCAUCACAAAAUUUUUUUUCAAUUGUCUGGCUUUGGUUCAGGUAACAAAGGAAUACGUCUUGGAAAAACAGACAGAGCCAGGAGUUCCCAUAAGUCUUGACGCAACUCUAGAAAGCAUGGGAACAAUGGAAUUCUGUCUGGUCAGAUUUGGCCGAAAACGAAAUCAUGGGGAAGAAAAGGAAGAACCCAAUAAACAGUUUCAAGUUUAUACAUAUUAUACAUACAGGUCAUACAGAGUCAGUAUGCUGCAGAAGCUAAGGACUGUGACAGAGAUACAACUUCAAUAGAUAUGGAAAAUGUGGUUGCUUGUGACCCAGUUGAAGUGAAGAGUAAUGGCAAAUCAGUGUUCAGAAUAGUUUACUUCAGUCAAAAUGCACAUGAGUUUAAACAUUAUGACUUUGAAACUGAGGCUGAUGACGCAGGGGAAAUAGUGGAACAGGUCAAUCACAUUAUCAAGUCCAACAUGAGUGGAAAAAGAUCAGAAUACUUGUCAUCAAAAGAGAGAAAAUCUGAUAAAAGAAGAUCCUUAAGAUGAGAGCAAUUUUAACAUGAACUGCUAAAAUUUACUCAUACUAUUAAAUGAUUGAUAAAAGUUAAACCAUAUUUCCUUGAAUAAACACCCAUGCUCUAAUAAGCACCUACCUCCCCCCCAAGCAAUAAUGUCAAACAAGCACCCCCCCCCUUUUACUUUCCUAAAGAGUAGGGAUACAAGAAAAACCUGUUUCUAUUGCCAGUUAUCAUCAUUCUUAACCUGCAUCAGAUACAAUACAGGAAAAUAACAAGUGCCCUCUCUCCAAUAAAUGCCCCUCCUUUUAGCCAAAAUUUUUAAUAGGCCAGAAGUGCUUUUUGAAGGAAAGAUGUUAUUUAGUUAAAUAAUUCUCCUUGAAUUAAAUAAACAUAAAUAUA